AUGAAUCCCUUCUCACGGGCAAGUGCAGCCUGGCACCCCGUUGGCCUUGCGUCCGACUUCCCAAGCAUCGAAGAUGACGCCCGGAUCGUGCCAAGAUGCAAGGCUUUCAAUAUUCCCAGAACAAACGGCGCCAUGGAGCAAGUCGAAGACAUUGACCUACCAGGAGAACUGAAGGAUCAAGUCCUGGUCUUCAAUUACAAGGGAAAAUACCAUGCCAUUGAUCAUCAAUGCCCCCACUCGUCAUUCCCACUUUCGCGGGGCAACCUCUUUGAUAUUGAAGACUUUGGCGUCGUGCUCAGCGCGGGUCUCACAUGUCCCAAACAUGGUUGGUCAUUUGAUAUAUUCUCUGGACGCGCCGAUCGUGGUAACUACCAACUCAAGGUGUGGGAAGUGCAGCUACGUGACUCAUCAGCACCUGGGAGUACGGACCAAGAGGUUUGGGUGAGACGGAAGCAAAGAAUCGGUUAA